UGUGUGUGUGUGUGUGUGUGUGCGUGAGUGUUUAGCCGCUGCGUUGUCAUAAUAAAACACACUGCUGUGAACCGACUAAACGAUUUGCAUGCCAGCUUUCUAAAACCGGAUUCUCACCCGACAGGUUUUUCUCACCGCCGAAAUCCUGCGCUCAUUUCUAGAAAAAUCGAAAUAUUUUCUCACCGAAAGUAAUCUGCUUUCUGCACUUUGAGCAAUAAACAGAGAAACCUUCGUUUUUUGGUUGUUAACGACCUUCGCUUCAUAAUCUCUGAAUCAUUCUCACCAUUUUUAUAACAUUUGCAUCUGAUGGGAUUUGGUAAGCAUGAAGGACCUCACGGGGCGUAUCGCAGCAUUCCUGCUCUUCUGGGGAAUCUUGAAUUCUGACUCUACAUUUACCGCCAGUUCAUCUUCAAACCUUCCCAUGACUGUUUCUCAAAGCACUGCAGCUCAAACCUUGGAGUCCUUAACCACUGAGAUCAGCUCAUCAGGAAGCGCUGAAACGACUAGCGCAGACACAUCAACGACGUCCGAGACACCUACACUGAGUCCAAGUCACGCAAACACCACUGAAACAUUAACCGGUACCCAAGAACAAACAGCUGAAACCCCAACCAGCAGAGAGCAGAUGGCAGUUUCUGAAUCAAUUUCUCCUCCGACGACUCCAGACUUACAGUCAUCCAUCUUCACCACAAGCCCAGAACCAAACCACUUCCCAACGAGCAGCGCAACCGAGUUUUACUCCACCGUUCAAGCCUCUACACAACCAGUGAACACUUCUGCCUCACCGAUAAACCACCAAAGCACUGCAGCUCAGACAAUGGAGCCCUUAACCAGUGCCACUUCCCAUAGGAUUAGUUCAACAGCAAGCACAGACACAUCCAUGGCACCGACUUUCAGUGACGCAAACAAUGAUUCAAUUACCAACACUGUUUCCAGUCCACGGGAUGAUGAACAAACCUCACGCAGCAAUAUAUCUGUGUCUUGGACUGCUGGAGCAUUAACUGGUGCACAAAAACCUGAGCCAAGAACAGACGGAAGCGUCAUAAAACAGACUGCAUUUUCUGAAUCCACAACAAUGACUGCACAUACAACUACAGCUGCAGGUUCUUCAUUUCCAUCCCCUGUUGAGUCUGGAGCAUCGCAGUCUUCAGCGACGACAACUCAACACCUCGAGCCGCCAGACACCGAAGAGCCCUCAUUUACAACCUCAGCUUCAGCUAGAAAUACAGAGCAAACUCCCCAAAGUGCAACAGAAUCAUUAACACCUGGCACAACCAAUGCUAAAAUAGACUUAAGUACCAAAAGACCUGAAGAAUCGACUACAAAUGCAAUUUCAGCCACCAACGGUCCCGCACCAGCCACAGAAAACGACAUCGACCAUUUAGCCGAUACGUUCUCGUCCGCUUCUAGUAACACAACAGGAAAUGACUUUAUAUGGACAGGUGACUUACUGAUAACCUCAACGCUCGAGUCAGAAAAUCCGCUAAAUGGCAGUCAAGAAACUCCGACCUCCAUGAAGGAGUCACAGUCGUCUCGGUCGGCAACAACUGACACGACACCGAAUCCGAGUUUGGUUGCUUCCCCAGACUCAACAACACUGGAUGAGACCAGCUCUGUCAUAACGGCCCAAGUCACGCAUAAAGUCCCCUCGCAAACGCCUGGAACUGCUUUCACGGCAUCAACAUCUACAACAACGGGAACGCUUUUAAGAGAAGCAGUUACAUCUGAUUCAAAGCCCACAUCUAUGAACGUUCCCUCAAUGUUUCCAACCGAUCAGGAAAGUCAGAAAACAAACUCAAAUUCCUACUUAAACCCAUUUUCUCUGGCGUCUCCUCUCAUAGCCAUAAGCAAUGAUGCUAAACCUGUCACCACUCCAUUAGCUGAGGAACGCAAAAGCUCAAGCGUGAGGAUAUCAGUUCCAACGGCGCUAAACAGGUCCGAUACAGAAGGCAUUGCGAUCACAGACACCUGGUCAAACAGCAUAUCUUCAAUACCAGCAGCUCUAACAAACCCACCAUUAUCAGGUAACACCAGCAGAGACGGAAGGGAAGAUGAUUCUGCAAACUCGGUGAAAAACACCAUUGUUUUUGUCUUCAACGUUCCCAUAGUACCUAUGUUUAAAACAAUCACCUUCACUCACCCAUUGGUUAAUCAAGUCACAGUUAUGAACACAGAUUUAAAACCAUGAAACAGUCACAUAAAACCACCUGAAAGCAAAGCACAUGAUUCAGAGAGCAUGCAUUUGGCUCCUUGUGUACGUGACAAGGGUGGAAGGAGCCUACAGGAAGGCAAAUGUCAUUUAUUUUUAUGUUAAGCAGAUCAUAUGACUAAGCUAUGAAACAAACAAACAAACAAACACUGAAAUGAAAACAGUCAGAAUUUUAAACAGGUUUAAUGUUAUAUGGUGACUGUAAUAAGUCACAGUUUGUGUUCUAUUUGUCUUGUUGUCGAUGUUUAUGUACAAAGGCACUCAGUGAAAAUCAUCCAUGCAUCUAAGCUAUUUGCUCUUUGUAUUACUUUACCUCUUUUGUCACUUGCAAUCUAUUAUUGUUCAUUUUAAAAUUGCGCUAUAUAAAUAUUGCUGUCAUAUUUCAAUAUUGCUACAAAAUCAUCUGUUGAAUAAAUAAAUACACAAAGUGUCAGAUUAAAUCAUUUUGCAUUAAAAGAAACACAUUUGGAUUUGUUACAUAACCUCGUGUGUUAUGUAAGUAAUUUGGAAGAACGAAAAUCCAUCAUGUGGGGAAAAUGCAAAUACGUGGGAUGUAUUGAUAAUAUGCAACACUUAUUCAUCCCAACAAAUAAACCUCAUGACCAGAUGAGAUCUCAGUUUUAGCGGCAAUUUCAAUUUCUGCUUAACUUGAUUUU